AUGAAUCUUGAACUUUUGCAAUCAUUUGGUCAAAAUCAUCCUGAGGAAUUUGAUGGUGCUUUGGAUUGUGUGAGCAUCGCAGUAACAUGUGCUUUCAACCGUCAAGGCACCAUAUUAGCAGUUGGCUGCAAUGAUGGAAGAAUUGUCUUAUGGGACUUCCUUACACGUGGAAUAGCAAAGGUUAUCAAUGCUCAUGUUCAUCCAGUUUGUUCUCUGAGUGUGAAUCGUAAUGGUCAUAAGUUACUAAGUGCAGCAACCGAUAAUACAGUUUCCAUCUGGGAUGUGCAAAAUGGAGAAUGUGACCGAACUUAUAGAUUCCCUUCUCCAAUUCUCAAAGUACAAUUUCACCCAAGAAACAGUGAGAUAUUUAUUGUUAGUCCAUUGAAACAUGCCGUUGUCAAGAUGGAACUUAAUGCCCAUUCAAUUGUGCCACUUGAUGAUGAGUCUGAUUUAAACAUUGUUACCUCAUUUGAUCGUCGUGGGAAACAUAUUUACACAGGAAAUGCUAAAGGCAGGAUCCUUGUCUUUGCCACAGACAGUCUUGAAUUAGUGGCAUCAUUUCGAGUGACAACAGGAACCUUGAACACAACUGCCAUCAAAUCCAUUGAGUUUGCUCGAAGAGGAGACUGUUUUCUUGUAAACUCUGCAGACCGUAUCAUCCGAGUGUAUGAGAGUGGAGAGGUGCUAGCAUGUGGCAAAGAUGGAGAGCCAGAACCAAUUCAGAAAUUACAGGAUCUUGUCAACAGGACAAUGUGGAAAAAAUGCUGUUUCUCAGGGGAUGGUGAAUAUAUUGUGGCUGGAUCUGCACGGCAACAUUCCUUAUAUAUUUGGGAGAAAAGUGUGGGUAAUCUGGUGAAGAUUUUGCAUGGAACCAAGGGGGAACUUUUGCUUGAUGUCGUUUGGCAUCCAGUACGUCCAAUUAUUGCUUCUAUUUCAAGUGGAGUGGUUUCUAUUUGGGCUCAAAAUCAAGUUGAAAAUUGGAGUGCGUUUGCUCCUGACUUUAAAGAAUUGGAUGAGAAUGUUGAAUAUGAAGAACGGGAAUCAGAAUUUGAUAUUGAAGAUGAAGACAAAGAAAAAGAAGAAACAAAAGGCCCUGAUGAAGAAGAUGAAGAAGUAGAUGUUACAAGUAUUGAACCAAUCCGGGCAUUUGUCAGUAGUGAUGAAGAAGCAGAAGACGAAGGUGCCCCUCCUGAAUUGAUGAAAAAGGAUGAAAUCUGGGAGAAUAAACCAUCCCUUCCAUCUGAGCUUAUUUUCCAUUAUCUGGUGACCAGAUACAUUGAUGAAGAAGCAGAAGACGAAGGUGCCCUGAUGUAUUUGCCUGUAUCUCCUGAAAUUGAUGAUCCUGAAGAAGGAUGGCCUCUAGCAUCUGAUCUGGCAUCCGAAGAACCCAUUAAAGAAUAUAAAGAGAAAGACAGCUCAGAUCAAGCAUCAUCACCAAAGAAACGAAAAACUAAAUCUGUAGAUAUUGACCUACCAGAUGCCCCAAUUGAUGAGAUCCACCCGUUUCUAAAUGUGAAGAAACCUCAGGACAAAUCUCAACAGAAAAAAGGUACACGACCAAAGCAGCGUCAAGGAAAGCCAGAGAAGAGUCGAGGCAAAGAGAAACAUCAAACGAAACAUGCAGACAAGUCAGAUUCAGAUCAGAAAGAAAACAUAGGACGAAAAAUCAGAUACACCAAUGAUGAUGCUUGA